CUUUUUAAACUCCGUCUCUCAUGCAAUGCUCUCUCUUUCUCCUUCAUAUCCUCACAACUCAAUUUCAUACUCCAUUUUUUCUCUUCUGCCUUUCUCCUGUUCUUCAAUGGAACAAUCUCCAUUGCUUUACAUGUUCACAUAAAACUGCGAAUUUCAACAAACAAGAAGGACUGUGAGUGCUAUAAUCUGGUCCAGUUUCGAGUUCAGUAGGAAUUUGGAAGAGCAUCGAGGAAGCAAGGCCUAAGAGGCCGGUGAAUAUUCAUAUGCAGCUUUAUUUAAGGUGAUUUCUUUAUCUUUUAUACCAUGACUCGUGAAACGCCUGGUAGCUCAGGCCAGAAGCUCUUUGGAGACAAAAUCAAAGUUGUGGCUAGUGACAGAAUUGCUGCAGAUAGAAAUGCAAAUAAUAUUUGUGUACAGACAGGUGAGGAAUUUUCUCCCCAAUUUGCUCGAAGAAGAGUUCCAGAACUGCACGAGCUCGGGAAAAUGGGAUUCAAUCAUAAUCACAAUAAUCUGAUGGGUUCUGAAAAUCAUACCAGCACUCGUGGGAUAAGGAAAAAGGAGUCUGAUUGUGAUGCUUUAGGUUAUAUUUCCAGGAUAGAAGCCACAGGACAUGCUGCUGAACUAGAAAAUAAGGCUUAUAAUGAUGAUACAGGCAGAUACCACUGGGAAUAUGCCCCCGAUGCACAAAAACCAAGUAACUAUGUUGAUGAAACGAGUAAUUAUGGUCAAGUAACCUUAUGUCCAAGUCCAACCAAUCCGCCUAAAUGUGUGCAGGAACCCCCUUGGCCAUAUCAGCCUUCUGUAACUAGAGUUUCAGAAAGCACUUUCUCAGGAAAAAUGAAAUUUCUAUGCAGCUUUGGGGGAAGGAUAUUACCGAGGCCAAAUGAUGGGAAGCUUAGAUAUGUGGGUGGAGAAACGAGGAUCAUAUCCAUCAGAAAAAAUGUUACAUGGGGAGAGCUUGCAAAGAAAACUUUGGCAAUUUGUGGCCAUCCUCAUACGAUCAAGUACCAGCUCCCUGGCGAGGAUCUUGAUGCGCUUAUUUCUGUUUCUUCUGAUGAAGAUCUUUAUCACAUGAUAGAGGAAUAUCAAGAGCUUGAAAGAAAUGAAGGCACUCAAAGACUGCGGAUAUUUCUUGUUUCUUCAGGUGAACCUGACAGCCCAAAUUCUUUUGAAGGUAAGACCUCACAACAGCGUAAUGCUGAUUACCAGUAUGCUGUCGCUGUUAAUAGUAUGUUGGACCUCAGUUCCCAGAAGAGCUCUAGUGGACAGAGUUCUGCAAGCCAUCAAGGAACUGCUUCAGAUUAUAAGAAUCUAUCUCCUCCUGUAACUCCACUUAACAUUCAGUACAGAGAUCAUAAGAACUCUAAAGGCCUAUUUUAUGUUGAUCAAUCCUUCCCUGACAAUAAUAGGAAACGCGGUGCUUUUUCGGAAGAGAAAUUUCCAUCUGACACUACAUAUUAUAAUAAUCUUCCUCGUGUGCUGAUGCCAUUGGUGAAUCAAGCCUGUCAUCAACAAUAUCCAGUUGAAACUGAUCAGACUAGCAAACAAUUAGAAAUGCAUCUUCAUAAUCGUUGCGAAAGUGGAGAUUUUCUUCCUUAUCAGCUAUGUCCUCAAAAUUCUAUCAAUUCAGACUGGCCUUCGAUUAUGGAAGGGGCAUUUUGUGACUCACGGUUGCGGGAGAAUGGUGAGGUGUCAAAAAAAUGGUUGGAAGAAGCCGUUAUUACACUGUCCCUGUGCAAUAAUGAAGGGGAAAAAUCACCUUCACUGAGAAUGUCAAAUUCAUCCUCAGAAAGGCCAAUGCUGUGGCCAUAUAUAAUGGAUGAGAAACACCAAUUCACUGACUUCGAGAACCUUUGCAGAGAAAAGCUGGGUAAUAUUGACACUGAUGUAGAGGUGCUGAAGUGGAUGGACAGGAAUGUUAACUAUUCUGAUGUAGACAGAGAACAGAACGAAGGAAAUGUUAAAGCUUCAUCAAAUGACAAUGUCACCGAGCAUAGGAACUUGCCGAAUUUGAAAUACCCUCCAAUUGCUUAUCAUCAUCCUCAGGAUUCUCAAGCAUAUGCAAGGGUGGUUUCUGCUACUCGAGUUUACCCUUUAGAAAAUUCUGCAGAAAUUGCGAGGGAGAACCCUCAGGGUCACCAAUCAGGCACCAAAGCACCUUACUUGUUUGUUGAGAACCAAAAGGUUUCCAAGGAUCAGCAGUGUGCUAUGACUGAGAGCAUCAGGGGUCAACAAAUUUCCCAUGGAGAUCCUGAAUAUCUACAUUCUGCAUCCCUUGAAUCAAGAGACAAGAAACCAUAUGUCCUUAGCUCUAAAUUGGAUAGGAGUGCUUCAACUAGAUUUGUUUCCUUGUGUGAUGAAGACCCCGUGGAGUAUCCUGAAAAGAUCGAAAAGAUUCAUGACAGGGGACAAUCAUACGAUGAACCAUUGGACAGAGAUGCUCAGUUUGUCCAGUCACAGCCCUUAGAUGACCAUUAUGAUGAUAAGAUGCUGGAGCCAGAGGUAAUUGUUGAGGAUGUUACUGGAACUACGCCUCCCGAUAUUCCUUUGUCUUUGAAUGUUGUCCCCCGUGUAGAGGAAGAGGUCACAGAGGGAUUUCAAUCUGAUAGAGAUACCGAGGCAGAAAGCACUUGUCAAGAUCAAGAAUAUGAAUCUGAGGAUAUUGAAGAUUCUGAUAGAGACACAAAUGAUUCCAUUAGUGAUGCUGCGAUGGCUGAAAUCGAAGCAGGCAUCUAUCAUUUGCAGAUUAUAAAGUACGCGGAUAUUGAAGAAGUGCAAGAAUUGGGAUCUGGCACGUUUGGAACUGUUUAUUAUGGGAAAUGGAGGGGAAGUGAUGUUGCUAUUAAAAGAAUCAAAAGGAGUUGUUUUUCAGGAAAUUCAUCAGAACAAGAGCGAUUGACUAGAGACUUCUGGAGAGAGGCUCGCAUCCUGUCAGAUCUUCACCAUCCAAAUGUGUUGGCAUUUUACGGCGUAGUCCCUGAUGGGCCUGGGGGAACAAUGGCCACUGUGACUGAAUAUAUGGUGAACGGAUCAUUGAGGCGCGUCCUACGAAAGAAGGAUAGAGCACUAGAUCGUCGAAAAAAACUUAUAAUUGCUCUGGAUGCUGCUUUUGGCAUGGAAUAUCUGCAUUUGAGAGAUAUCAUUCAUUUUGAUUUGAAGUGCGACAAUUUGCUUGUCAAUUUAAAGGAUCCCCAGCGACCCAUAUGCAAGGUUGGAGAUUUUGGAUUGUCAAAAAUCAAACGGAAUACGCUCGUAUCUGGUGGUGUGCGUGGAACCCUUCCAUGGAUGGCACCGGAGUUAUUGGAUGGCAACAGCAACCGAGUCUCUGAGAAGGUUGAUGUCUUCUCGUUUGGUAUUGCAAUGUGGGAGAUCCUGACUGGUGAAGAGCCAUAUGCCAACAUGCAAUUCGGUGCUAUAAUAGGCGGAAUUGUAAGUAACACUCUGAGACCUCGUAUACCAGAAAAUUGUGAUGCUGGAUGGCGAAUGCUGAUGGAAGAAUGCUGGGCGUUCGAUCCACAAGCCAGACCAUCAUUCACAGAGAUAACGAAUAGGCUGCGAGUUAUGUCAACAGCAAUCCAGCCAAAGCGACACAAUCAUGCAAAUAGAUGAAGCCCUCCUACGUCAAAUCAUACAAACACGUUCGCAUGCCAAAAACAUUUAGCAGGUCAAUGCUGUUGAGUUCUCGAGUGGCUUCUAUGUGAGCCAUCGUUGUAGAUAAAAAUCCUUGGAGGCCAAAAAGAAAGUAAGAAUAUGAUCGAUACUUUUGUUCCAGACUUUGGGGCUGAAUCCUUGACUCUCCAGCCAGUCACGGCUGAUGACGAAAAGCUACCUU